CCCAUACGUGCGUCGGAAUUUAUGUUUGUAUAUGUAAAAUGGAAAACACAACAUUCACUAAUUGCGCGCAAUGUCACAAUGAGUUUGACGAGAGUAAGCGGUCCCCCCACGUACUAUCCUGUCUGCAUACCUGUUGUUCAUCUUGCCUCGAAAGAAUUGUUUCCGGAAAGCUUAUCUUCUGCCCAGAAUGCCACUCACAAACCGAAAUUUCUAAUGACCCCAGCAAGGAACUACCUCUCGAUACCGCAUGCCGAAAUUACUUAGACUUUGUUCGCAUCCAAAGAAAGCCUUCCGAGAUUCUCUGCACGGACUGUCCCGAGGAAUCCACGGCCUCGGCGUUUUGCAAGGAAUGCUACAAUUUCAUGUGUCCAGAAUGCACCGCUGCUCACAAGAGGACAGCAAUCACUCGUAAGCACACAGUGGUAUCGAUUGGAGAUUUGAAAGAUUCUGGACUUCGGGAAUUCCAUCGGAAAGACACGUGUAACAAACCUGGACAUGAGGAGCAGGUAUUCACGUUCUACUGUGACAGACGAGGCUGCGAUGUUCCAAUCUGUACACUUUGUGCCGUCUGCGACCACAAUCAGACCAAUGGUCAUCUUAUCCGCAACUUGAGCGAUGUGUAUGAAGAUUCUAAAACGGUUGUGCAGAGUGUUAUUCGUGAGAUCAACGCCCGUGGAACACCAAUGUCGGAGGCUGUGGAUCAGUUAGAGCGUGUUGUUGACGAGUUGGCAUCAACAGAAACCCAAAUAAGCCAGGAAAUAGACACCAUUUUUGACAAAUACCAGAAAAUCUUGAACGAGAGGAGGUAUCAGCUGCAGAUGGAGGUUCAGAAUCACUGUCAAGUGAAAAAGAGAGACUUACAAGAGAAAGUCAAAACUUUGAAAUCCUACACGACCGAUGUCAAAACUGCCACAGACUUUACCAAUCGAGUGCUGCUUUACACAACAGCAACAGAGUUCCUGAACCUCAAAAACAUCAUACUACGGCGUAUACUUGAGUUGAAAAAUGUUAAUGUAUCUAUUCCUGCAAAAGACGACGUUGCAUUACGAUUUUUACGAGGAGUGAGUGAUGACUCGUUUGUACAGUUGAUUAACGGAAUUGGAAACGUGUCGUCCAGGGAAAGUCCGGUACCUCAGAGCCCCCUGCAUAACGGACACUCUGAGUCUUCCAUGAAAGCCGGUCGCUCUGAGUAUGUUUCUUCAUUAAACCAAGAAAACUCUCGCUCGCCUAGUCGAACAUCACCCAGCGAAGCUUCGAGAAAUACCACUUUUGCAACACCAACAACUCCUCCACAGCCUGCAUUGCGCAGCAGCGAUUCGAUUCCUAUGCGACAACUGAGCGUCCAGCCGACAUCAACACUGACCAGAGAACCAGUCCAAAGACAAUCGAGUCUUCCUGCGCCAAUGGAUGAGAAGAGAAAUAUCAGCACAAUCGCCAUGAUGAACGGUUUGCCCAAAAAUGCCGCAGAAGAAAAAAGUUCCUUUUUCAACAGAGCUAAACCAUCUGAUGAUCACGUGACAGCUGACGUCACUGAAAAGAAACCACGUCCUACCCCGUUAAAAUUGGAUUCACCUCAACCUUUAGGUUUGGGUGACUUUUUACGUAAUCUAGAAAUGCGAGGAGAAUUACCUAUGAAGAAAUCUGAGAAGACAGUACAGGCCAGUAGGGAUUCUUUCCAGCAGUUAAGUCCAGAUCGCCCCUUCCAGCCCGUCACCUCCCCAAUCUCCCCCAAGACACCUAACUCAGUGCCUCCGGAACUGAAGAACCUUCCUGGUGUCAUUUAUGGGGAUAUCGUCUGUCCGGAAUUCACUUUUGACGUUUUGACCAUUCACAAUGAGCGCGAGGUCUCCCUAGAUGGUAAAGUCUUACGAAACAGAAAGACGGGCAAACCCAGCAGUUGCGGUACUGCUGAGAAACAACUCCAAAACUACAAAGGCAUCAUAGGCAAUUUUGCUUUCAAAGAUCCCGGAAAGUACUAUUAUGAAGUGGACGUAUCCUUUACCAUUUACCAGCCUUUAGAACAAACAUGGCUGGUGUAUGAGCUAGGCAUCUGCCGCAAAGACAUCAUUGACACUCAUCAUACUGUGGAACGUCAUGAGCAUGCGCGAUCCUGCUACGUUGCACGAUAUCCAGAAGACGGAAAACUGGCCCAUGAAUUUUGGCACAAUCGUGAUCUUCUGACAUACGUACCCUUGUCAGAUAAUGCGGCGGGAAUUACAGUCGAUUUGACAUAUGGUUUGUUGAUUGAUACCAAGCGACGAAAGUGGACGGUUGCAGACGUCGGGAAGCAGAAGAAACUUCACACGUUCACAGGAAUCGACUUCACCGAAGCGCUUCUACCGGUGUUUGGUACAUAUAACCCAGAUCUUGUAAGCGUUGAAAUGACUCUCAGAACAGGUUCAGAAAUCUCCGCUUUCCCGCCAUUUUUAAAAGGGUUCUAAUCUGCAAAUUUUGAAGAAAGUUUGCGAUAUAAAUGGAUCAAAUUUUAGAGAAGGACUCUGGGAUUUUUAGGGUCUUGUCUGAUGUAGCUACUUUGUAGAAUUUAAUUUAUUUCCUUUAAUCUCCACAGUUGUGUGGAUAGGACCAGGGCAGUGAGGA